AUGGACCCUCCGGUUGUGUCUGGGGCCAGGUUCGAGGUGGACGUGGAUCUUGGUUUUGCCCUUUUCUUCUUCCUCCUCCUCUGCUUCUUUUUGCUGGUGACCAUCGUCCGCUGUGCUCACCUGGUGCUGGACCCUUACAGCUCUGUCUCCGUUUCCACAUACCAGGAGGAGGACACAGAGGAGUGA